CCAAACUCCUUGGAGGAUUUCCUUUUUCGCUCUGGUUUUAAUUACUGUUUGAACUCCCACCUGGCAGAAGGGCCAGGAAGCUUAUGCAAGGCAGGGCCGGGUUCUCCUUAAAUUUCUCAUCAAAAGGCAAGGUCACCUCAAGCAGGGCUAGGAAGGGGAAAUGGAUGCCCUGAAGGCACGCAGUAUCCUGGUGACGGGUUCCAACCGGGGAAUAGGCUGGGAGCUGGUCAAGCAGUUGGUGGAGAAAAACAACCGGCCAGAAUGGAUCUUUGCCACCUGCCGGUACCCAGACGGACCUCGUGCACAGGACUUGAGGAAUUUGGCUGCCAAACACCAGGGGUUACAGAUCAUCCCACUGGACUCUUCUGAGCCGUCCAGCAUCCAGGCUGCUGUAGCCAGAGUCUCCGAGCACCUGAACGGAGCUGGGCUGAAUCUGCUGAUAAACAAUGCUGCCAUUAUAAAGUCAGGAACGGUGGAAUCCACGACACCAGAGGACAUGACUGAGGUGUACAAGACCAAUGUGAUUGGACCUCUACUGAUGAGCCAGGCAUUCCUGCCCUUGCUGAGGAAGGCAGCUAAGGAAAGCCCCCAGGGAGGGAUGAGCUGCAGCAAGGCGGCCAUCGUCAACAUAUCCAGUACCGCUGGCUCCAUCGAAACAGUCUUGGUGUGGCACAAUGGACAGAUCAUUGCCUACCGGUGCAGCAAGGCUGCUCUGAACAUGCUCACACGGUGCCAGUCCCUGGCAUUUGCCCAAGACAACAUUCUGUGCGUGGCGUUGCACCCUGGGUGGGUUCAGACAGACAUGGGGAACACUUUGGGAGAGCCCCCAGUGACAGCAGAGCUCAGCGCACGGGGGCUCUUGCACACCCUCGCUCGUCUCUCCGAGAAAGACAGCGGCACUUUUGUGACCUGGGAAGGGGAAAACGUUCCUUGGUGAAACACCCAAAGGCCAGCUUUUGUGUGCUGUAGGCGGAACCCUCGGCCAACUGUGAUUCAAGCAUCUGACAAGCUACACCUUGCCUUCAAUAAAUGAACAAACAAACAAGCUCUUUUGUCUUCUCUGAGAAACUUCCGCCUUCUUUCCAGCCGC